GGUGGAGCUCAGUGGUUCCUGGACCAGUGACGGGUGGGGGCACGGCACGUGUAUCCCUCAUUAUCUCUCUAGUCAAGUAAUUAUACCGACAUGUAACAGUGUGUGCACUUCGUGGAUCAAGAGGAAACCUGGAAUAAGCGUAAAGGAUCUAUACAGCACAAGAUCAAGGAGAUCACGCGCUGACUGGAGGCCUGGCGUGUUGAGAGGUUCAUCUGUGGAGGUGGUGUGAGGGCGAGGGCGUGAUGUUAGAGACGCGGUUAUGGGGCCCGGGCGUGGUGCGGGCGGUGAUUGUGCUGGUGUGGGUGGCUGUGACCUGUGAGGCUGUCAUAAAGUACCCACCCAUGAUGACCAAGCAACCGCCCUCCAACGAGGAACUCCUCUUCCAGGUUGCCUCUAGGCAGGACGAGAGUGAUAAGCCCUUCAUCAUAGAGUGCGAGGCCGAGGGGGAACCUGCACCUAAGUAUCGAUGGAUGAAAAAUGGCAAAGACUUUGCCUGGCAAACAUAUGACAAUCGUAUCUCACAGCAGCCAGGCAGAGGUACACUAGUUAUCACCUCGCCCAGGGAUGAAGAUUUGGGUCAGUAUCAGUGUUUUGCCACCAAUGAGAUGGGUACGGCCACUUCCAACUCUGUGUUUGUCCGCAAAUCAGAGUUGAAUAGUUUCAAGAAUGAGGAUCCAAUGACUGAAACUGUAAAUGAAGGCGAUCCUGUUGGCUUGGCCUGCCAGCCUCCAGAUGGUUACCCCAAACCCUAUGUUUAUUGGAUGAUUCAGGAUGACCGAGGUGCACUACGUAGCAUCAAUUCUUCACGAAUGACUGUUGACCCCGAAGGCACACUCUGGUUCUCAAAUGUCACUCGCUUUGAUGAAUCCAAUGAUUUCACUUAUGCGUGUUCUGCAACCUCAACAUUCCGCAAUGAGUACAAGUUGGGAAAUAGGGUAUACCUUCGCGUGUACCAGAGUGGCAGCACAGCUGUUCAGACUAAGAAUGAACCAAAAGAACAGUUCAAGUCUCGCAAGAACACAAACAUAUUGAAAGGCAAAACGUUACGACUUUGGUGCAUCUUCAGUGGAACACCUCUUCCUGAAAUGAGAUGGACAAAACGCAACAAUUCUCAACCGGCGCCACUUCCACAAGAUAGAGUUGAUUAUGAAAACUAUGGCAAAACACUUGUAAUUCGCUAUGUGGAUUUUGAAGAUCAAGGCAAUUAUGAAUGUGAGGCAAGCAAUGGCGUUGGUGUUGCCAAAUCCUAUUCCAUGAAUGUUGAAGUGCAAGCUAUCCCGUACUUUGAAAAGGAGCCAGAGGUAGAAAACAAGGCUGAAGGAGAAACUGCAGUAUUUCACUGUGAAUCUGCUGGCAAACCUCCUCCAAAGCAAUACUGGAUUUACAACGGCAUGCCUGUUGAGAAGGCACCCCAUAAUCCUAAUCGUAUUGUAGAACGCAAUAAGAUUACCAUUUACAACCUGACUAAGGCAGAUACUGGAAACUAUGGUUGUAACGCUUCAAAUGAACAUGGAUAUGUAUACAAAGAUGUGUAUGUCAAUGUUCUUGCCUUGCCUCCCGAGAUCCGUGUUCCUCCCAGCGACAUCCAGUCCGUCGAUGGACAGCAAGUUAACAUGACCUGUCGAGUAUUUGGUGCACCAAAGCCUCGUAUCACUUGGAUCAGGGACGAAGUUGAACUGACUGGUGGACGUUUCCAAGUUACAAGUGAAGGAGAUCUUGUGAUAAAAGAUGUUUCGUUUACGGAUUCCGGAGAUUAUACUUGUGUUGCGGUAAAUAAAUUUGGGAAGCAGGAGGAGAGUGGAUCGCUUGUAGUGAAGGAACACACGCGCAUUACAGAUGCACCUCAAGAUUAUGAAGUUCCUGCUGGUCAAACUGCAACAUUCAGGUGUAAUGCUGUGACUGACAAUGAUCUGGAGCUUAGUAUCGAGUGGCUUACUGAUGGCAAGCUUAUUGAUUUUGAGCAAGAACCACGAUUUGUACAGCAGUCUGACUUCUCCCUGAGCAUCACCAAGACUACAGAACUGGAUUCUGGCGUGUACACUUGUGUUGCUUCAACAGAGUUGGACAAAGUUACAGCUUCAGCCACACUCAUUGUUCAGGAUGUGCCAAACCCUCCACAAUUACUGUUACCGGUGAUUUGCAAUGAUCGUGAUGCAAGCGUUGAGUGGCAGCCCAUGGGAGACAACAGAGCUCCUAUCCUGGGUUAUGUUAUUCAGUACAACACCAGCUUCACACCUGAAACCUGGGAGAAUGCCUUUGAUUCUGUCCCUGCCACUAGCACACAGUUUACUAUUAAUUUAAGUCCAUGGGCAAACUACACCUUUAGGGUAAUUGCUCGUAAUGCUAUUGGACCAUCACAGCCAUCACAACACUCUGACAUGUGUACAACACCUCACGAUGUUCCCUACAAAAAUCCAGAUGGGGUCGAGGGUAAAGGCUCUUCUCCACAGAACUUAGUAAUUAAGUGGUCGCAAAUGCCAGAAAUUGAACACAAUGGACCAGGAUUCAAGUAUCGAGUUUAUUGGAAGCGUGACGAUAUUGAGAAUUCAAGAUGGCAAACAGAAGAUGUUGUGGAUUGGCAACAGGACCACUACGUCAUUCCAAACCAACCCACAUUUAAACCAUACAGAAUCAAAGUGGAAGCUCACAAUGAGAGGGGCCAAGCACACGUUGCUGCUCCUGAAAUUGUUGGCUGGUCUGGUGAAGAUGUUCCGACAGAAGCCCCAAGGAAUUUGACUCUGGUUGAUUUGAGGGAUGCAACUACUGCAUUGUUGUCUUGGGAACCUGUAUCAAAUGAAUCAAUCAGAGGACACUUUAAGGGAUACAAGAUUCAAACAUGGACAGAAAAUGAGAGCGAGGAGAAGGCCCGAGAUAUCAUCGUAGAAAAUAACAAUGAGCCCAGCGCUCUUGUGACCUCACUUGUUCCAUUCACCAAAAACUUUGUUCGUGUGCUUGUGUUCAAUGGUGCUUACGACGGUCCUCCCAGUGAAUCCAUCAGCUUCGUGACACCAGAAGGAAAGCCAGGACCAGUGGACUCUCUUGAUGCUAUACCUAUGGGCUCCUCAGCCUUUUUCCUCAUCUGGAAGAAGCCAAAGCAACCAAAUGGCAAUUUGUUGGGUUACGACAUACGCUAUCAAGAGGUUCAUGGCACCAGUACGGGCCAACAAUCUACACGUGAUCCACCUAUAAAUGAUCCCAUGACGACGAGGGCUAAACUUGCUUCGCUGAAGCCGGCAACCAAGUACCGUAUUACAAUUAUGGCUCGCACUGCGAUGGGUUUAGGAUCCAGUUACUACAUUGAACGAAUGACUCGAAGUACUGAAGCAACACCACCUGGAAAACCAUCAUUCAUCUGGCAGCACACUAGAAGUAACAUAGGUGCAUUAGCCAUUAAGAUCACCUGGAUCCCCAACACAGAGACCAAUCCCGGAUCGCACUUCUUUGUUAAGUACAAGUUGUAUGGGGAGAGCAUGUUCCAGGAAACAAAGCCAGAAUUGUAUCAAGAUUUCAUCAUACUGAAAGGUUUGGAGGACGAGAAAACUUACCAGGUGUCAGUGGUGGCUGUAGAUGGAAUGUUUAACACUGAGUCAGACGUGGAAGAGAUAGACACUCACUUGUCUGGUGUAUACUCGGGAGUGUUUGUACGGCCAUCAGAUAACAUUGCGACUCGUGGUUGGUUUAUUGGCAUGAUGCUUGCUAUUGCCUUCCUGAUCCUGAUCCUGAUCAUCGUGUGUAUUGUCAAGCGCAAUCGGGGAGGAAAGUACGCUGUCCAGGAACGAGAGGCUGCUCAUGGGCGGACCGACUUCAAUGAAGAGCAAGGAUUCCCUGAAUUUGCACAGCCAUUGGAUGGACCGAAGAGAGAUAGUCUGGGUAGUGAUGUGAAAAACCCAAUAGAAUCAGACACGGACUCUAUGGCAGAAUAUGGAGAUGGUGAUACAGGAGCAGGCAUGGCUGAAGACGGCUCCUUCAUUGGUCAGUACGGCCGCAAGAAAGGCGAGACAACAUCCAAUGCAUUUGCCACCCUAGUUUGAUGUUAUACCUGCAUUCUUUUACAUGAAGGUUCACAGAAGAUGGGUCAUUCAUUGGACAGUAUGGAGGAGCUACUGGUAAGCGAAAGCCAGCUCCCGAAGACAAAUCACCAUCUGCUGUGGCUACGUUUGUCUAGAAAUCUUCAUAGCCAUGUGGCAGUCUUCACCUAGCGCCAUGGUACCUGUCAACACCCAUCCUUUGGUCACUUUUUCCAGAUUUAUAUAUCUGUAGUAUGCUGUCAUUUCAGGGUUUGUAGUGACUGACCUAGAUAUUGUACUAAAAUUUGUUUUGGUGUUAUACGUGAUCUUGUUGUUUAAUGGUACCACAGCAAAUUAAUUUGGUAAAAGAGGGUCAACAGUGGUGUUGAGAAUGAUAAACAGAAACAAGAUGAGAAACACACGGCAGAAUGUUUCUCAUAAUAUUUGUAACAUCUAGCAGUCAAUCAAAGAACUAUCAGAUCAUACAUGACCAGUGAAAUUUAAUAAUUGUUAUUUGAAAAGUAAGAAGUGAUGACAUUGUUUGUAUAUGGAUAUGAAACAAUUACAAGUUGAAUUAGAUCUUCUGAUAAAGAAGACACUUAAGGUCCAUCCAUCAGAGCCCUUUAGUGAUUAUUUACCUCAGAUUCCCUGAUAGAGUAGUUAAAUAUAAUAUGGCCUUUUAAAAUAAUGGUCAAGAAACUUUGUAUAUGUGAUUUAAAGUAUUAAACAUUUAGUUUGGAAUAGUUGUAUGAACUGUGAAACCAAAUGUUAAUACAGUGUCUCUUAAUAUUAUUUGUGCCAAAAUGGCCACAGAAAUGAUACUUCCUCUUUAUUACUUUAGAUUAUGGGAUGCAAAAGGAAUAAUUGUAAUAUUUGCAAACUAUGUGAAUAUAGAGUAUCUUGGGGAAACAGUUGCCCACAUUUGAGAGGGUGUCCCCACUCCCCCUUCCCCUUCCCCAGCAAUUGGGAUAUAGUGAGAAUUGUGAUGGCUCACUUGUGUAUGAGAGAGGACUCGCGAGAGGUGUAGUGGGCCGUUGGAACCCAGGCCCACUAGUGUUGCUUACUUUAAGUUAUUCAUCGUGAUCAGACUCGGUACAUGCAGUGAAAAUUUGGAAUCUCAUCUUCAUAGAAUCUCCAGUGAAUAUAUUCCACAAUUUAGAAGCAUUGUUGCAGAUUUAUAUAGAUGAUAAUGAAGUGUUCAUGUCAAAGAGAAAAUUCAACAUUUCUAUAUAGCCAGCAGGCAUUGAUGUAAGUGUUGCAAUUAAGAUGUAAAUGUGCCUCUUGUCAGCUUUUGAAUCACAAUUAAGCAUUGCUAGUAUUUCUUUCCAUUUGGAAUGUGAUGAACCGAGGAAAGAUGGUCCUUGAUUGGUGGUGCAAUGAGACCUAGUCUUUUAUUUGUUUAAAAAGAAAGAAAAGAUGAGAGCAAGUCUCAUGAAUAUCAUACAUUAUCUUCAGGCUCAUUGGUCAUCUCACUAAUAAUGCUGUUGUGAUAUUCUUUGUGUAAAUCUCUUUCCUGAGAAUUAAUACUUAAUUUGUUUCAAGUUGUAUUCAUACUUUCUAAUUUUUUUGUAUAAAUCUCAAGUUUUGCACAAACAUUGCUAGAAUCUGGUAAUAAUUGACCGAGGUAAGGGAACCUUGUAUUGCGGAGCUGAAUGCUACUGUUAAAGAAAUGUGUAUGCCAAUGAUCUCCAUGUUUGUGUAUGAGGAAAAUUUGAGUGCAUAACAGCACAGAUGGUGGUAGUCCAUAGUGUGGGCAGGCAAAUAUUCUCAUGUCAGUUUACUUGCAUCUGUGCUGUGACAAGCACCCAGUGUCAAAUUUUACAAAAACAUUGCCAGCCUUGUGUGUGUGUGUUAUUUUUAUACAAGUGACCUUUUGUAUCUUCCUUUCAAAGUUUGUGGUAAUAUGCUCAUUUUCUGUUUACUUGUGAUUAAUUUUUUUUUUUUAGUCCAUAUAUUAUGGAAAGUGAACAGACAUACAGGUUGUGAACAUGAAUGACACAAUGAGAGUAUAGUUUCCUAUUUUGCUUAAAGCAAAGAAAUGAUAGCUAAUGUCCACUUAGAUUUUGAAAAAGUGCCUAUUUUCAUUAUGUAUAGUCCAGGAAAGGAAAUUUCAGUAUAGUAUGUAAAUUUAAAUUUUAAUUUCUUCCAUAAUACCAUGUUUUAAAUUUGGCUUACACGGUAUAUGAUCACUGCACCAUACACGUAGGAGGAUGUUUACAGUUGAAACAAUGUAACUGUCCCAUAUAGUGAAGCAAAUGGUAGUGUUGUGUAUGGAUGAGUGAAUGUUGUUUAAUAGCACUUUGUACAGUAAUGGUGUAUGAAGUGUGUCAUGCCUUUGCAUAUAUAUGAUGGAAGCAUG